AUGAUUGCAAGAUUUCAACUUGCUUUCUACUCGAAGUUCAUAGAUAUAGACAAAACCUGUGGAUUUGAAGUUCUAUAUCUCAGUUCAUUUCCACCACCAUGCGAGUUAAAACUUGAUAGAGGAUUCUUCAACAUGGCAUGCUUUGAGAGGGUGUCCCCUGCACUCAAGGAGAUCCUGCUCAAGUUAUACCAUGCUGAGAAGCCUGUGGAGAUUGAUCAUCACUUGUAUGAAUUCGGGUGCGUGGAAUACCAUGUUCAGUCUUCUGCAGCUGAUCCACAAAAUAACUACCUGUCAUUAUCAACUCCACUACUGUCCCAGGGAGCCCUGCUAUCAUGUGGUUUGUCAUCGUACACUACGCAGAUGGUAAAGCAAGUUUGCUCGGAUGCUGUGGAGAUUGUUGAACCUGCAAAAGAAGGAUAUCAGCUUACCCUAAAGCUAAAUCUUGCAAAGAUUCCACGUGGAAAAGACCCUUACAAAGUGAUUACGCAAAUUUCCUCAGUGCAAGCAGUUAUACUAUGUUCCCAGCUGAAAGAAAUGUUGAGAAAUGUCAAUUCCCAGGACACAUCCCAAGGAAUGAAUAAGCCAAUUAAACUUGUUUAUCACCCAAGAGAGCCCUUCUAUGUCAUCAGACAGCCACAAAAAAUCACAGCAGUAUUCCCAAUGCGUUUUAAAGAGCACUCAGAUGUGAUUAUAGCAACAGCCUUCUUUCAGGAACUCAUGGAUGUGGGUAGUUCAGAAAAAUGGGCCAAAGCACCACCAUGCACCUGGUCACCCAUUCCUCCGCCAGAACUGAGAGGAGAACCUUUAGAAGAUUUAAGCACCAAUGGAGGGUUUGUCACUUUUGAUAUUUCUUCACGCCAUGUUGAAGGUAAAAAACUAGACAAAACAGUAUGGAGUCUAUUGAACUUCUAUGCCUAUGUGAAAAAACACGUGAAGGGCACCAGAGGUUUCAUACAAAGAAGGAUGCAAAAGCGUCUGGAAAGUUUGGUUGAGGUUCUGCACAAGGAAAAAUUGGAAGAAAAUGAAGAUGUUAAAAAGUUUAAAGCACAUGCAGAAUGUCGGUAUGUUGGAAAAUUGGUCGGAUUAUCAAAACCAAAAAACUUUAAGAGAAGAUGUCGUGAUUUAACCAGGAAGAUCAUGCAAAUUCAUUUUCGGAUUAAAAUUCAUGGAUUUCGGCGUUUUCAUAGACGAUGGUUGACAAUCCCAAAGUUCUCUUCUCCACUGCGAUAUACUAAGCUAGAGUGAUGUAAACUCCAGGUUAUAUAUUCUUAUUUGAAGUUAUGAGAUGUACUUUUGUGCCUUAUGUGAACUUCUAUCCAUGAAUAUUAGCUUGCGUUUGUCUAGUAGAAGUACAUCAAAGCUGCAUGUUACUCUAAUAUACUAAGAUUGUGACAA